GAUUGGCUGGCCGGCGCGCAGCUUGAUGGCGUCGGGCUGCGAAGCCGCGGUGCCGGCGGCGGCCCCCGGGCGAAGGCGGCCUGUGUGAAGGGCCCGGCGGCCCGAGCGCGCUGUGGCCUCGGGGAGUGGCAAGUGGAGGCACGGGGCCUCCCUACGCUUCGCCAUGAGUUUCCUGAUCGACUCCAGCAUCAUGAUUACCUCCCAGAUACUUUUCUUUGGAUUUGGGUGGCUUUUUUUCAUGCGACAACUGUUUAAGGACUACGAGGUGCGUCAGUACGUGGUUCAGGUGAUCUUCUCUGUAACUUUUGCAUUUUCUUGCACCAUGUUUGAGCUCAUCAUCUUUGAAAUCUUAGGAGUAUUGAAUAGCAGCUCCCGUUACUUUCACUGGAAAAUGAACCUGUGUGUAAUUCUGUUGAUCCUGGUUUUCAUGGUGCCUUUUUACAUUGGCUAUUUUAUUGUGAGCAACAUCCGACUAUUGCAUAAACAGCGACUGCUUUUUUCCUGUCUCUUAUGGUUGACCUUCAUGUAUUUCUUCUGGAAGCUAGGAGAUCCAUUUCCCAUUCUCAGCCCAAAACAUGGGAUCUUGUCCAUAGAACAGCUCAUCAGCCGGGUAGGUGUGAUUGGGGUGACUCUCAUGGCUCUUCUUUCUGGAUUUGGUGCUGUGAACUGCCCAUACACUUACAUGUCCUACUUCCUCAGGAAUGUGACUGACACAGAUAUCUUAGCCCUGGAACGGCGACUGCUCCAGACCAUGGACAUGAUCAUAAGCAAAAAGAAAAGGAUGGCAAUGACACGGAGAACUAUGUUCCAGAAGGGGGAGGAGCAUAACAAACCAUCAGGAUUCUGGGGAAUGAUAAAGAGUGUUACCACUUCAGCACCAGGGAGUGAAAAUCUUACUGUUAUUCAACAGGAAGUGGAUGCUUUGGAAGAACUAAGCAGGCAGCUUUUUCUGGAAACAGCUGAUCUGUAUGCUACCAAGGAGAGAAUAGAAUACUCCAAAACUUUCAAGGGGAAAUAUUUUAAUUUUCUGGGUUACUUCUUCUCUAUUUACUGUGUUUGGAAAAUUUUCAUGGCAACCAUUAAUAUCGUUUUUGAUCGAGUUGGGAAAACUGAUCCUGUCACAAGAGGCAUUGAAAUCACUGUGAAUUAUCUGGGAAUCCAAUUUGACGUGAAGUUCUGGUCCCAACACAUUUCCUUCAUCCUGGUUGGAAUAAUCAUCGUCACAUCCAUCAGAGGAUUGCUGAUCACUCUCACCAAGUUCUUUUAUGCCAUCUCCAGCAGUAAGUCUUCCAAUGUCAUUGUCCUGCUAUUAGCACAGAUAAUGGGCAUGUACUUCGUCUCCUCCGUGCUGCUGAUCCGAAUGAGCAUGCCCCUGGAGUACCGCACCAUUGUCACUGAGGUCCUUGGGGAGCUGCAGUUCAACUUUUACCACCGCUGGUUUGACGUGAUCUUCCUGGUCAGUGCUCUCUCCAGCAUUCUCUUCCUCUACUUGGCUCAUAAACAGGCACCGGAGAAGCAUAUGGCGCCUUGAACUCAUGCCUAUUACAGACUGCUACCAGCCAGUGGAGUCUGAACUUGGAUAUAAGAGGGAAAAGAUGGAGGGGACCAGGGCCCAAUAUCUUUAAAACAAACAACAUGCUGUGGCAGCACGUUCUACCUCCAGCUGACAUCUUCCUUCGCAGAUGAUACUGUGAUCGGCAGUAGCAUCAGCUGGAACACGAGCGAGAGAAGGAACUCAGGUAGUGCCUGGCCCGGAGCGCCCGGCGGGGCUUUGAGGAUGGUGCACACAGGAGGUCGUGGGGGUAGGAAAGAGCCAAGAAACCAGGGGGGGAGCACCCUGGAAUUCUGGAUAGGAGAAAUCUAAGGCAGCUGGUCAGGCACACAGGGUUUCUGUUUAAGUUGAGGAUCACAUAGAGAAAGUUACAGCUUUCCCUUGAGAUUGACUAUCAUUAAAAUCAGAGGUGGUAAAA